CGACGCCUUUCCUCUUUUCAAAAAUCUCUCAAACUUUUUAUUCUUUAGAGACCCUUUGAAUCAUCGGAAAAGCUCUUUUUGAAGUCACACCCCAACUAAUAGUAGUUGAAUCUUUUUGUUCCUCUUAAAUUUUUCUAUGUGUUUCCCCUUUGUGGAGAUCUGAUUGUUUCUCAAUUCCUAUUCAUUUGUGGUGGGGAGUUUUGUUGAAAGUUUCUGAGUUUGCAUAAUUGAUGCCCAUCUUUUCGUCUUGAGUCCCAAAAAAGAGCUGUCUUUCUUCUCUGUUUUGGGGUUUGAGUGGUUGAAAAAAAUAUGAUGGAAGCAGGUAGCUCCAAUUCGUCGGGUCAACUUUCGGGGCGGGUGGUUGACACAAGAGGUAAACACAGGAUCCACGCGGAACUCAAAAGGCUUGAACAAGAAGCUCGCUUCUUAGAGGAAGAGCUGGAGCAGCUUGAAAAGAUGGAUACUGCAUCAACUUCUUGCAAAGAGUUCUUAGACAGUGUUGACAGCAAACCAGAUCCUCUUCUUCCCGAAACAAUAGGGCCAGUGAAUGCAACAUGGGACCAAUGGUUCGCAGGCCCUCCGGAAGCAAAAGGAUGUGGCUGCUUCAUCCUUUAAUCUCCAUUUCCUCCUACGUUACCCUUUUUCUCCAUACAAAUUUUACAUUCGUGAGCAGUUAAAUUGAUGUAAUUUGAAAAAAAUAUGAUUCAUUUGUGCAGAUAAAAUGUAUUAAUAUCUAUCUCUGCGUCUAUUAAAUUACAAAGAAUCAGAGUGACAAAAUCUAAAACAAAGCA